GGACCCUAACAUGCGCAACAAGUCCAAGGUCGUAAGAAGUGCAUGAUGAGAGUGAAUGACACCACGGCGUGCAGUAGCUCGGGCAGGAGGAGGCUUCUAAAUCGAAUCAUGAGGGACAACUUUUCGCCGCAAACGCGUCUUUGAUUCCCGCUGCUCCUUGGGAAGGACGUGCAGCGGUAAGAUUUAUCCGGACUUUGAAAGCCCGCCGUUGGAAGUUUUCCCUACGCAUGCCCCUGGCACAGAAGGAAAUCUGGACGAGUUACUAACAACAGAAAAUGGCAAAGGUGCAGCAUUUCGCAGCCCCGCGGUUCAGCUUUCCUCCCGGUCCCCAUCGCAAAAGUAGCGCCGAAAGUUUGCAGCUCUUGGGAAGGCAGCAGGUGAGCGGCGGGGCAUGAGAUUUGGACCGCAGCUCGAGCACCACAGGCUGUACUGUGUCCUGACGGAAGGCAAUGUGAAAUGGUCCCGACCUGCCGCACAAGCUGGGAGGACAUAACUUGAGAGGAGCGCGUACUUAGAAGAAACCUCAGUCCACUAUGAGAGUGCUGAGUUUGCUGUGCGUAAUAGUCGGGCUGUUGGAGUCCAGCCUGAGCAACAGAAACUGUCCCGACCUGAUCGUUGACAGCUGUCACUGCUCGGCCGAGAGAUCCAAGGAGCUGAGCAGGCAGCACGUCCGAGUCAAAGUUGUCUGUGAUGAUGUGGACUUGAUGGACACCCUGCAGCCCAGCUUCGUCCCCAACAGAACCGUUUCCCUAAACCUGAGUAACAACAAGAUCUCCCUGCUGAGGAAUGGCUCCUUCUAUGGCUUGGCUGCCCUGGAAAAACUGGACCUGAAGAAUAAUUUGAUAAGCACAGUGGAGCCUGGGGCCUUCCGUGGUCUGCUGGCGCUUAGGAGACUGGACCUAUCCAACAACAGGAUUGGCUGUCUUUCCCCUGAAAUGUUUCUCGAUCUGGGCAGCCUCUCAAAAUUGAAUUUAUCUGGGAACAUCUUCUCCACUCUGACCGUGGGACUUUUUGCACACCUUGUGGCUCUUAGAGUGCUGCACUUCCACACUGAGACUUUAUUCUGUGACUGUCAGCUGAAGUGGCUGCUCAUCUGGGCUCGAAGCAACUCUGUGAGGAUUGGGAACGACACGGUGUGUGUGUUCCCCACCCACCUCCACGGACUGGAGUUUCGCAACCUACGUGAGCAGCAACUCAGAUGUGAUGGACCUCUGGAGAUGCCUCUCUUCCAGCUCAUCCCCUCUCAGAGACAACUGGUUUUUCGUGGAGACCGGCUCCCCCUGCAGUGCACCGCCUCCUACGUGGAACCGUCGGUGGAGCUGCGGUGGCGUCACAACGGCCACAUUGUGACCACGCAGGAAGACCGGGGCGUCUAUGUGGAGGAAACCCUGCUUCACGACUGCUGCCUGCUGACCAGCGAGGUCAUCCUUUCCAACAUCGACGUGGGCAUCGCUGGCAUCUGGGAGUGCCUGGUGACCAGUUCCCGUGGCAACACUUCUCAGCAAAUGGAGAUAGUUGUUCUGGAGACUUCAGCACCAUACUGCCCCACUGACAGAGUCACCAACAACAAGGGGGAUUUCCGGUGGCCAAAGACUCUAGCUGGGAUUCUUGCCUUCCUGCCCUGUGCUCCUGCCACCUUUGGCUCUGCCCCCCACCCCUCUGGCAGUGCUCCUAACCCCACCAGCCAGAAAGAGAAGAAAGCAUGGCGGCGCUGCGACCGGGCUGGACGGUGGGCUGAAGAGGACUACACCCAGUGCCCGUAUGCCAGUGAACUAACCCGCGUGCUGCAUGAGCUCACCUUGAUAACUAUUAAUACCACGAAUGCUCAGCCUCUAGGCCAGCAGUUAGUGGCCUUCACAGGCAGAGCGGCACACUUCACUGAUGUCAUGGACGUCAUUUUUGUCACACACCUGGUGGAGAGACUGACAAGGCUGGUGGAGGAAUGCAGAGAUCUGGGGGACUAUAUAUCAGACAUAGCCAGUAACAUGAUGCUAGUGGAGGAGCAUAUCCUGUGGAUGGCCCAGAAUGAGGCAAGGGCGUGCACUCGGAUCGUCCAGUGUGUGGAGCGUAUUGCUGACCUGGCGCUGACCAGAGACAAUCAGGUCAUUUCUAAGGUGUCUGCUAACAUAGCUCUGGAGGCCUUUCUGAUCCGGCCAUCUAACUUUCUCGGUCUGUCCUGCACGGCACUCCAACGACCCCCCUCAUCUGCCCCCUCCCCCCUCCCUGACAGUCACUCCCAUACUGACAAGGGCAUGGGCGGAGAGCGUGAAGCCGCGGGGGAAUCGUUGCUCAACUUCAAAUGCCACACUGUCAACAACAGUGGCUCACCGGCCAGUCAGCUCAGCAAGAACUCAGUGGCAGUCGCCUCAAUCCAUUUACCGCUGGCUGGUACACCUAUCUCCUCCUCUGCGUUGCAAUCUGUUGAUAACUCCACCUGCAAGCUGCAGUUUAUUGUGUUCCGCAAUGGGAAACUCUUCCCUUGCACGGGGAAUUCGUCAAAUCUCGCAGACGAUGGGAAGCGGAGGAGCGUUUCAACACCAGUUGCUUUCACCAAAUUAGAUGGGUGCAGCCUCGGGAGCUCCGUGCACUCCGUCACCAUUGCUCUCAGGCACUUCGCACUGGGUGUAGACCCCACCGCAGCCUACUGGGAUUUUGACCUGCUGGAUGGACACGGUGGCUGGAGGGCAGAGGGCUGCCACAUAACAGGCUCCGGGGGCAACACGACCACUAUUCAUUGCACCCAUCAUAAUAACUUUGCUGUGCUAAUGGAUCUGAAGAAGGUGCUGUCUUUCCCCCCAUACCCUGGGGAGUUUUUGCACCCGGUCGUGUAUGCAUGCACGGCGGUCAUGUUGCUCUGCCUCUUCGCCUCCAUCAUCACGUACAUAGUACACCACAGCGCAAUCCGCAUCAGUCGGAAGGGAUGGCAUAUGCUUCUCAACUUCUGUUUCCACACGGCUCUGACAUUCGCUGUGUUUGCCGGCGGCAUCAAUCGAAUCAAAUACCCCAUCAUCUGUCAAGCACUUGAUGUGCCCUCUGUCACGCCAUUUCAGGUCGGGGUCGUGCUGCACUACUCAUCUCUGUCGACCAUGCUGUGGCUCGGGGUGACAGCGAGGAACAUUUAUAAACAGGUGACCAAGAAGCCUCCGCAGAGCCAAGAUGGUGACCCGCCUUUGCCCCCUAAACAGCCCCUGUUGAGAUUUUAUUUAGUCAGUGGUGGAGUGCCCCUCAUCAUCUGCGGGGUCACGGCAGCCGUCAAUAUAGACAACUAUGGUAGCGGGGAGCAAGCGCCAUACUGCUGGAUGGCCUGGGAGCCCAGCCUGGGAGCCUUCUUUGGCCCCGUGGCCUUCAUCGUCCUGGUGACAUGCAUCUACUUCCUCUGUACCUUCAUCCAGUUGCAGCGACACCCCGAGAAGAAGUAUGAGCUCAAGCAGCUGACGGAGGAGCAGCAGAGGCUGGCUGCCAUCGAUGUGCCGACCCACUGUCAUCAGGGAGCCGAGCCUGGAGCCCUGGCAGCUCCACCCAGUGGGAGCCACUGCCCUGCCGGCUGCCCAGGCGUUCCCAUCAACCCUGCGCUGCUGGCCAAUGAGCACUCUUUCAAGGCUCAGUUACGAGCGGCGGCCUUCACCCUUUUCCUGUUCUUAGCCACUUGGACUUUCGGCGCACUGGCCGUGUCACAGGGCCACUUCCUGGAUAUGAUCUUCAGCUGCCUCUACGGUGCCUUCUCCGUCACCCUUGGCCUCUUCAUCCUCAUCCAUCACUGUGCCAAGCGUGACGAUGUCUGGCAUUGCUGGUGUUCCUGUUGCCCCGGACGACGAGCCAACGCCUGCUCUGGCGCCCAUGGGCCUGCUCAAGCGCGGCCCAAGGUCAACGUGAAUGGAGAUACCCCAGGGCAUGGCCAUGGUCACAGCCACUGCCACCACGACUCACCGUGUCAGGGUAAAGCCCUGGUGAGCUGCAGUCAUGGCAGUCUAGGUCACUGUAAACAUGCCGCCCUUCCUUCCUCGCAAAAUCACGUGACGUGCCUGGCACCGGUGACUCCAUGCUGCGCUGCUCUGCAUAGCCAGCAGCUGAUGGAAGAGGAGCCUGCUGCAACUCACGUACUGUUACAUGCUGACCCCGAGGGUUACAGGCCGGGGAUCCAGUUACACCCCUGCCUAAAGAGCAGCACCAGGACUAAAGGCCGUCACUUCAGCCGCCGGUCCGGGGCCGGCGCUUGCGGAGCAGGGAGUGAGAGGGAGUACGCCUAUCACAUUCCCUCCAGCGUGGAUGGAGGCAGCGUGCACAGCUCACACACUGACAGCCCCCACAGCACACAUGAGCGUCACGCCCAGAUCUGUCCACAUCUGGCCCACGAAGGCCACCAUGAUGGGCAUCACACAUGCCACGCUGCUGCAGCCACCACGCACGAGGCCCUGGCAUGCCAUAAUCCCUGCCACAGGCAUAUCUGCUGCGCCAAGGCAGACCUUCUCCCUUCUCUGUGCCCGGCAGAGGCAGGCGACACGGGAGUCUUCUUGUGUGGCUGCGGCAAAGUGGCCGAGGAGGACCCGAUGGCAACACAUCACCAUCUGGAAAUGCAAGCCCCGCGCAGACAAUCCUACCCCCAGAACCCGCCCAAUCAGAAUGGGAUUCUAAAAGGGGGCCUGCACGAAGGACUCCUGUACACCUCAGACAGCACAGGGAAUAUACGCACUGGACCCUGGAAGAAUGAAACUACUGUGUAGUGUGGGAAGGAAAAACAGGGGAGAUAGGCAGCACCCCUGGCUCGUCCCACCAAAAAUAAACCCUUGCCUCCCUUUCUAGAAUAAAAAAAAAUGAAUUGAAUAACAUUUUAAACAUUACAAUCAGUGUGGGAUAUUUUUAUUUUAAUGUCCUCAUGUUUUUAUGUGUGCUGUUUUACUGUACAGAAAUCUGAUAUCAUGUAAAUGCUCCCCGCAGAGCAUCCAUUCACCGAACAGAAUCUCUUCCAUCAAGAAGAAUUUGUGAAAUAUUUGUCACAUCAUACCAUCAGAUGUAACUGAAGUUAUUUCCAUUGUUCCAUAUUACUACAGAUCUCUCUAUAUAUAUACAAGAAAAUGAAUGGUUGUAUGUAUGAAUAUGUGUGUUAGUGCUCAAAGACAACACGCUGCAAGAUUUUUUUACACUUUGAAUCUGAAUCCAUCAAAUAGUCUGAGGUGACAGUGAACCUCCAGCAGGGCUGUGCGAUAUGAUGUUAUAUAUCGUGUGACGAUAGAAAAACGUCUAUCAUUUCAUAUUAUGCCCUAACGUUUAUUUCAUUGUGUCGCAAAUCCCACUCUUUAUGGAAAUAUUUUCUCAUCAUUUGGACAACUCUUUGUGUUCUUCCACACGGCACAGGCGCAGGCAGGAAAUUUGCGUGAAGGGGGCACAAACAAACAAGGUGGAGAGUGAACGUGACACAGAACGGGGUUAACUCCGUGAAGGAGGAGGGCUCCGACAAGCCAAGACAAAACGAGAAGCUUGUACCUAAAAGAGGGGCUACGUCUGUCGCAUGGACGUGGUUUGGCCAUGAAAAGUCUGACGCUGCAGGCCAGUCCCAACAAGAGAGUUAAACACCACUAACCUCUUUUACCACCUACACAACAAUCACGUGAAACAGUACGGCGAGAGUCUACGGAUGAGAGCCACAAAAGUACAGUCUAAUGCUCGAAACAAACCCCAGACCAGGAGAAAAGUAAUCAAAUUUGAGCAAGUACCGUUUAUUUGUUGAGUAUAUAAUUCAAAAUAUAAAAAGAAAUAGGCCUUUCCAUUUGGUCAUUUUAUAUAAACUAUUUAUUCAUUGAGUUUACAGAAAAUGUGCUGUAUCAUUAUCUGGAUAUGAAAUGACCAACAGUUUAUUGGGGUAUGAGAUUUUGGUCAUAUCGCACAGCCCUAACCUCCAGUACUUUAAAGAACUCUUGGCAUCCAUGUUUUAGACGACUAAACCAGCAAUUUUAGACUUCAUGGAUAUUUUUUCCAUUCAGUCAAGUAACUGUGAAUAUCUUCUAGAGAUUUUCUAAGUAAUAUACAAAGAAACUGUUGCUUGCCAGAGGUGUGUGGAUGCCAGUGAAGUUGUGAAAAUUCAAAGCGACAGAGAAAGAGGAGUGAAAUUACGCUUCCUCAUCCAGGUUGGUAUUGAUCGUGCUGUCUGUAUGAUGUCUUCAUUGGUGUGUUUCUUUUUUCUGGAGAAAAGUAAAUAAUGACAGCGUCGACAGCCACAGCGUGGCCAUUGUGAAUAGAGAGUUGGUGUCCCUGCGUCAUUAGAUCCAGUGUGAUUUCUAUUAAAACUGUGCCGCACAGAGCCGGGUUCUCACGGCGAGUCCAUUGCAACACUAGCGUGCAGGUUUUUAUUCUCUCCAGCUCAGCUCGCACAUGCUGUACAUGUGACAUUUAUAAGCAUAUGAUUCUUUGUAAAAUCAAACAUUCAAACAUUUUAGGAAAAAGCGAGUGUGAUUGUGAUUAUAGAAGAAACAACAAGCUGCUUGAAUGUCUCUUUGGGAAACCUGCCUGUGACUGAUGUCCUAUUAUUUUCUCUCCUAAUAAAAACUGAUUAAACAUUUCAUCCAACCUCAUCUACCAAAAAAUGACACAUGGCAGAAAUCAGUGCAAAUGCAAUCCCUUUAUAUUUAAUUAUUUUUUUAUUUUCGUCUCAUAAAAGCCCCAAAUCAUGCAUGCCGUGGUGUACCUAGCUAUGUGCUAUAUUUUAACAGUGUAAAUGAAUGCCCGUCCAUGAACAUAUUAUUUGCCUUGACCCAAAAAAACUGCUGCUGCUUGCCAUGUGUCAUUUUGGUCACACUCUUGGAUUUAGCCUAGUUCUCAACGAAUACUGUACUAUUUCCCACCGGUAAUCUCCAUUUAACAAGACUUUAAGCUUAGGUUUAUCCUAGAAUCCAGUCCAGAGAAUCAUAAUGCUCCCGGUUCUGCUUUUGUAGAUAACUUAUGUCAGGAGAGGCCAGGGUUCAAGUAUGGAUUUUUUAUUUUCAUUUUUAAAAAAUUUUUUUGAACCAUGAAGGUCACACUCUCUUUGAAGAAUUGCCACUCAACAGAGAAGGCAAAAGCGGCUCUGUGUUAGUUUAGAGGCAAUUGUUUGUUUUCUGAAUGAUGAUAUUGAGUAUGACACACCAGACAAAACCUGUCAUACAUUUCAUCCGAAAAGCCAAACUUUAAACAAUGUACACCCAAGCAUCGAAUAUAGUCUCUCAGCAAACCCUGCUCUAGCUAAACCACUUCAGCAUGCAACACCAUCUCUUUAUCCAUCUUGUGCACUCUCGUACGUGUAUAUAGAACUGGUUUCUGAUGAAUUAUUUUAUAUGAGAUUUAAGAUAUUUAAGAAUAAAACAAGUCUAUAUGUAAAGAAAGUUGUAUGGGGAAAAAAACUGACCUCUCAAUGUUAAUACUCAGUAUCUGAGUUUAGAAAUGUGUCUUUUGUUUUCAAAUGCCUUUUUCUGUUGCAGUUUUAGUUGACUUCAUAGAGUAUGCACACUCGCCAUGUGUUGUGAGACUUAUCCUGUCAUAUCAGAACUAGAAAUGCACUACACAUAAUAACGUUUGGCCUGCCAGAAUAGAAUUUGUCACUUACAGUAUGUUUUUAUCAUAGGAAUGUUUGUUCGACGGAAAUAUUUGAAUUUAAAAAGUGACUUCUACCGAGAGAGGAGAAAUAUUAAUCUGGUACUCCCUUUAUUUGGAAGGCUGGCUUUGUAUGGAGGCCCUGGUAGACAUCAAAGAUGAUGCACGAACCUCAUAGUGGAGUCAUUUCCAGGAUCUGGGACAAAAUGGGAUAUCGUGGGCCCAACUUAUGAGUUAUAAAACAGUGGCCCACAAUUGAUCAUACAAUACGGGCUCCUUUGAGCCUCUUUGAAUGCAAGGAGUCAGUGGUCCUGGCUUUAUAGUUACUGGAAAGGGAUUUGUAACAGUACCACAACAAAACAUUUGUAAUCAGCCUCUUUCGCAAAACCCACAUUAAACUGAGAGAACAUUGGUCUAGGUUAAUUACUGUACAACAUGUGUAUUUGCUGGUGGUGUGUCUUAGGAGCAGCCUGAGCUUUUCAGUGUCUGCGAGAGGCGACAUGUUUGGUAUCAUAGGCCACCGUACGGCCACCUUUUCUGUUGUCAUCAGUAGCAGAUGUACUGCCCUAAACGAGCUUGAUGACUUAGUUUCGGCUCACCAGACGGCUGCUGGAAUAUUCACCUGUGGUACUGUGAUAAAACCUAAAGCCAGUUUUCACUUUUUUCUACAUUGACACAGAUUCCAAUAAAUG